CCGCUAGAGGGUGAAAGUAUAUGGCAUUGCAUCGAUCGUUUCGCAGAUGCUCAUCAUCAAUAGACGAGACGGAUGUAAAUUCUGUUUCGGAUAGAAACCUGUUAUUUCCUGGCAUUUAAUGGCGAAAAUGACCACCUGACUAAUUCAUUAUAUAUAAAUAGAAGAUUAAAACGAAUUAAUGACAUGAAUUCGUUCGGUAAAUCCUAUUUUCAACAACGUAGCAAGGUUAUGUUUUGAAGAAAACCGUGUUCUAAGAAACGUGAACGAAUGAAUUGGCUGAGAUGGUGGCUCUAUUUCUUUUUGUCAUCGCUACGGUCAUAGGUUUGGUAUUAUUUGACCAGUACGUUCACGAGAAUGUAUACAGGGCACAAUCGAGAAUCUACGUGGAAGAUGAAGGAUUAGUUGAGAGAACAUACAUCAACACAUCCAUCUUUUCAGUUUUAGGUUUCAAUCGUGAUGAAAUACGAACUUUCUCCGCUUUUCGUGAUCACUUCCGAAAUUAUGCGGAAGUCAGCUCGGCCAUGAGAAAAACUGGCAUGGAAUUAGUCAGGUUAAUGGUGGGCAUCGACUUCAGUGCUAGUAAUGAAUGGCAAGGCAGAAGGACGUUUAAGGGUGAAUGUCUACACGCUUUAAAAGGAAGUAGCGUUUAUAACCCUUACCAAAAAGUGAUAUACAUUUUAGGACACGCAUUGCAGCCUCUACUCCAGGGAUAUCCCAUUGCCGCCUUUGGAUUUUCGGAUAUGAAAGCUCGAGAUCGAGACGUGUUUCCUUUGAAAGAAUCUGGGGCACCUUGUGUAGAUUUCGUAGAUUUGUUGGAAUGUUAUACUUUCGCUGCCAGAAGGGUACAGCUUAGCGGUCCAACCUGCUUCGAUCCGAUCAUCAGAAGAGCCAUGAAAAUGGUGGAAAAGAGUAAAACCUUCCACGUACUGUUAAUAAUCACGGACGGCCAACUACGUCAAGACGACAAGAGAAGUCGACAGGCACUGAUUGACGCAUCGCACGUACCUCUAAGCAUCAUCACUAUAGGAGUGGGAGACGGUCCCUGGUUGGUGAUGGAAGAUUGGGACGAUCAUCUGUCGGAGCGAUGCUUCGAUAAUUUUCAAUUCGUCUCCUUUCACCACGUUAUCAGAUCCGCUCGCAAUCCCGAAGCGGCUCUCGCUCUCCACGCUUUGAUGGAAAUUCCAGACCAAUAUCAGACAAUGAUUGACUUGGGAUACAUUAGUUCUUAAUUAUCAUCAUAUCGUCCGUAGGAAUCGAGACACGUUGGCCUGUUUAAGUGCUUUAAUGUUUUUUGACAAUAUUUUAGAUUUGAUGUUGCAAUAUGCCAAAGUUUUAAUGUCUUACGACAAUUGUUGAAUAUUGAAAUAUUUUAGAAGUGAUCCAAUCGUGAGAUCUUAUUUUACAGACAUAUAUUUUCGAUUAAUGAUUACAGAUCUUCAUAUCAAACAAAUGAUGUAAUUACUAUACAACUAUUUAGAACAAGGGCUGAUGUAUUUUGUUGCUCCUUCUACCUCGGUCAAUGGUAAUUAUCUCUAAAGAUCAUUCCAGAAGUAAAUGAAAGUAAAAAAAUUUCUAGUUAUUUAUAUUUUUAUAUAGCCUAACGAGUAAAAACUGUUAAAACUUGAUAGAUCGUAUUGAGAGGAAUUGUUUAUAAUUUAGAUAUAGACUACUGUUUGACAUUUUAAGAUUAAAAAGGCACUACAAAUUGCACGUUCAUUUGCUAGUUUUUCUUAUACUGCCAAGUAAAAUAUACAGCAUCAACAAGCUUAACAGCAAACUUAUGUGGAAAAAA